AUGGGCCUGUCAAUAUGCAAAUAUGUUAAGGGUCCUUGGAACCUGGAGCCGAUCCCAAGGAGGAACAAGGUGGGAGACACACCAUACAUGGACCUGGUACAUAAAGUGAGUGUCACAGAGAUAAAGGAUUCAGAAAGGUCAUUCACCUUCAAUAGGAAGCUUCUGUUCACUGCCAGUCAAAAUGUAAUCACAAGCCGUAGUAGGAUUCACAAACUCCUACUACCAAAAGCAGCUGACAGGCACAGAGACUUGUGGGAAAUAAAGCCACCUGAUUUUAGCCCAAAACUGUACUGCACUCUAAACUUGCCUCGGAUCAAGAAGAAAACCCUUGACUCAGCUAUACUCAAAGAAGGAUUAGAAGAAUUAUCUCAAAGCCUUGAUAUAAUGCCUCCUGUAAUGGAAUCCAAACAAGAAAAAAACAGAAAUAUUCCCGUGUUUGUCAAAUCAUACAAACCGCCUGCACUGCUGGAUUUACAGCUACAGUUUGUGAAGUUUGGACAGUUUCCACGUGAUCCCUACAAAAACCCAAAGCCUCACAAUUUCAGACCUUGUGAUGAAAACCUGCCAGACAUGGUGACUUCCAUAGCAAGGGACCCUGGAAAUUUGAACCUUAAGACUCCACUUUUGGGAGAAACAAUCCAGCCUGAGUCAUAUUCUCCAAAAGAGGAGACAGCUAGGAAAAUUAUUACUUUCAAACCAGCAGAACCCAAAUGGGAUGCACAACUCAUGCUGCCGAAGUCCCCUUGGCCACCCAUGUCCGCUACAUACACAAGGCAUCGGCGCAGGAGAGGGGAGUACAGUGCAUUUAUGGACCGUGUGGAAGAGAAACUCAGCAGAUCGUGGAUGAAAUAA